AUAGCAACUUUCCAUGGAGGUUUAUAAGCAAAUAUAAUACCAUUUUGUCUGUAUUUAAAAGCUAAAUUCCUAUCACUCAUAAACAGUUUAUAUCUACAUGUGUAUACGAAACGGGAGUUUAUGAUUUCGGUGUGAAAUUCUCAAAAUAUAAAUGUGAAAAUGAAAUGAUUUAACAGGAAUAAAGACGAACUAUUUACAAAUUAGUAUUAAUAUGUGGUUAGUUUUUAAUGUACAAUGGCUGAGGUAGGAACAACGAAACUUGACGAGUUAUUCCGGAAAUUGCCGGACAAUACCGGAUUAGAUCCGAGACUUAUCGAAGACGCGAAAACCGAGCUAAAUAUCCUGAAAUUUCGUGCUGGUGUACACGUACAGAAACCAAAAUCGAAAUCUUGGGGCUCCGAUGGAAGCUUGAAGCAGCAACUUCAAGAAAAGGAGACAGAAAUCCUGCUGCUUAAACGACAGCUCCAGGACAAAUCUCGACUUUACAAUGACGGAAAACCUGACGUGCGCCUACCGACCAAGAUCAAGGACAAAUAUGCGCGCCUGUAUGACACAGAGUGGGACGCGGCGUAUGAAUAUUUCCGGAGACAUGAUUGGACAGAAAUAGAAAUCGUCGUCACGCUUCAGAGAAUCUUAAGGGCGAGCUUCUCCUUCUGUCAGGACGUGGCAAAAGAACAGUUGGAGAACAUCGAAGGCGAGGCUCUCUACCCGUCCGCGUCUUGGAUGGAUGACGAUGGGAUCAUAGCCCGCAUGAAACAGAGGAGCAUUACAGAUGAGAUAAAAGAACUAGCUCGCCUGUACCAGAGAACUACUGCCCAAGAAUGCCUCCGACCAUUGCAGAAGACGUUUAUGGGGGUCAUUGUUCCAACGUUCAUCAACCCGAUACAGUAUAACGACGAAUCCGUGGACAACUACUGCAAACUUUGUGUUGACAUUUCUUGGUCCAUGUGCGUUCAAGACCCUCCGCUUGUGUUUAUUGACAAGCUAAGCAGAGGCGCAGACUUCGACACGGAUACUUUCCGGAAGUACAAAAACGCUAAUGGUGAUAAAUUUGACUUCUUGGUCUGGCCCGCCCUCUUGCUACACAAAGACGGACCGUUGAUUUCAAAGGGCAUUGCUCAACCGAUAAAGGCAGAUAGGCCACCGACGAUUGCCUCUUUGGCAAGGACACCACAAAUAUCUCCCAAGAACACCGAACAAGGGAUAAAUAUGGACGACAGAUCCGAAGAUGAUCAUAAUUCUUGGGACAGGGGGUCACCAGCUGGACAGACUCCACCGAAUUAUUAUCGCCGUGAACCAUCAAGACAAAACGAAGUCGUUCCGCACUCACCAUACUUCGACCCAAACAAUGCGCGAACGCCAAGGUCAAGGGCGUCUCGUAAUGGCGUCCCUGACAUUGUUGUUGGCCAUCAUGACGACACACAAGGACGCUAUAGCAGCCAAUCACAAAGAGGCUACAGAACAGGGCCUGGUAACCUAACUGUUGCCUGGAAACAGGAACGCGCGCCUAGUGCACCCUGAUGAUGAUGUUUGUUUCUUUAACAAUUAUGUAUACUGAAAAUAUAAUUACUAUUUAGUUCAAACGAAGUUUAAGUUCAAACGAUCGCCCAAAUCUGUUCAAAUACAAAUACUUAUAUAAUGUAUAAUUUUUAGUAUAAGUUACUAGUUUAUUAAUUACAAGUAACAAGUAAUGAUUUCUUAAAAAGAAAAAUAAUAUAUGUUUGCGUGAAAAAUUUACGAAUAAUUGAAGAAAUGCAACUGCGGUUUUCGAUGUUCAAGGACUCUCGACCGAUAUGUAAGAAUGGUCAUAUCACACCAGUGCAUGUGACAUAGCGAUCCAAAAAUGCAUUAGGUCAAAUUCAAAUAUAAACAAAGACAACCACAACGCAGUGUUACUUCCCUUACAGUAUAGAAAUCACUGUCACCAUGCAAAUUACGUGACCAUGGAUACUUUGAAAAUGUUCUUCAGUUUUAAUAUUUUAUUUGUGCUUUAACCUCACUGCUCAUUGAAUAAUUUGAAAACAACUAUUCAAAAGAGAAGAAUAAGGUUUAUAUAGCUGAAAUUCAGCUAUACUCGAUCAAAUUGGCAGAGAUCUAUCAAGCUUGUCAUGGGAGAUCACUCCGUGUGAGAUUGCGAAACCCAGUGCCUUGAGCGAUAGUCCGAGCUGAGGAUGUUUUUUGCGCCGCACUGAAGUGCGCGCCUAUUAUGGAAUGGGAAUUUAUUUUAGUUAGUGGUAGGAGCGGUUUUUAAUUUGAUUGACAGUUGGGUUAUAUUAUUACUAUACCGAGACAUUUAUUGCAAUCAGACACAUUGCCCUGGCACAGAAAGGAUACAGCUCGUGAUCUCCCCAAUUCCCGCAAUGCUUCGCAUUUUGAACGCGCGAAAAUUGAAUUUUAUCACAAGCAUGGAAAUUAAAAAGCAUUGUAUUUUAUAGGUUUUCUUGCGUAUUAACCAUUUGAGCACAUUGAAUAUGUGCUUUUCUGGCUUAAACAGAGAUGUAUAUGCAUAUUGAAUAUGAUGCAGGCGUAUAACUGGGAUUUGCAACAUUUUAGUUAAAUUAAAUGAACAGUUUUCUCUUUUUUAUAUAUAAAUUGUAUCGCACACGUUUCAAAAGUCAGGUUUUGAUAUACACGCACUGCUUCUUUGAGUAUAAUUUUUCAUAAAAGCCCCCGAAAAGGAUUUAAAGCAUCAAUAACAUCUGUACAAUUUCUUUUGAAACAACGUUUAAUCGAUGUAUUUAAAAAGUAGUUACAAUAUGUCAAUUUAAUCACGCCAAUCAGACACCAUUUUAUCGUGCACUCAACUUUGUUUAUUAGCCUGUGUGACACGGUCGAAUCAUUUUAUGGCCGUGACGUCAUACUUGAUGACCAACUCACCAGAGUUUCAACUUUGGUUCA